UUUACAUUCACGUGGGAAUGUUUUGGUUCACGAAAAAUUAAUUUUUCUACCAAAAUUCAUCGAAAAAUUAAGAAAAAUGCCCAAAGUUAAGGCAGAAAAGAAGAGUCGGAUUCAUGGCGAGGUUCAACGUCAAGGAAUCCAAUUCAACAAGGAUUUUGGUCAACAUAUCCUGAAAAAUCCUCUGAUUAUCGAAGCGAUGUUGGAAAAAGCUGCUGUUCGACCCACAGACGUAGUUUUGGAAGUUGGGCCCGGCACAGGAAAUUUAACCGUAAAAAUGUUGGAGAAAACAAAAAAAGUCGUCGCUUGUGAAAUCGAUCCUCGUCUCGUUGCGGAGCUCCAAAAACGUGUUCAAGGCACGCCAUUACAACACAAACUUCAAAUUCUCAUCGGAGACGCGCUCAAGACAGAACUUCCCUUUUUCGAUUUGUGCAUCGCCAAUGUUCCGUAUCAAAUUUCGUCGCCGCUUGUCUUCAAACUUUUGCUUCAUCGCCCGUUUUUUCGCUGCGCUGUUCUCAUGUUUCAACGGGAAUUCGCCCAACGUCUCGUCGCAAAGCCCGGAGAUAAACUUUAUUGUCGCUUGAGUAUCAAUACACAGCUGCUGGCGCGCGUUGAUAUGCUCAUGAAAGUCGGGAAAAAUAAUUUCAGGCCUCCGCCAAAAGUUGAAUCGAGUGUCGUGAGAAUUGAGCCGAAAAAUCCGCCGCCUCCGAUUAACUUCACGGAAUGGGAUGGUUUGACGCGGAUUGCGUUUUUGCGGAAAAAUAAGACGUUGGCAGCUGCCUUUAAGCAAACCGCUGUGAUGAGUACGCUCGAGAAGAAUUACAGACUUCAUUGUUCGCUGAAUAAUCAGGCGAUUGAUCCGGAAUUUAAUAUCAAGACGAAAGUCGAGGAUAUUUUGAUGGAAUUGGGAGCGGAAAAGUUGCGGGCACGAACGAUGGAUAUUGAUGACUUUAUGCGCGUUUUACAUGGGUUUAAUUCACAAGGAAUUCAUUUUUCAUAAAAUUAUGAAAUAUUUAAUAAAAUAAAAUUUAAAAAAUAUUCAAAAAAAUCUUUUAAAAAAAUAUAAAAAAAAAAUUUUGAACGAAAAUGGUAAAUUUUCAAUUUUAAUUAAUUUUUAAAAAUUCUAAAUUA